AAAACUAUUAAAACAUUUUUUCAACACAAAUACUAAAGAGGGAGAGAUAGAUAGAGAGUGAGUGAGAGAGAGUAUAAACGGUAAAGAGAUCGGAGUGAACUUUUAUGUAAAGAAAAGUUUUUCAGCACCAUGACAUUUGUUUUUAUUUCUCGAUUGCUUUUUCUCCAAAUCCUUCUCAUUGUUCUUCAUGUCUCAUCACCUUCAGAGCAGAAUAGGUCCAACUCAACUGCCAAGGGGAGGAGCCUUCCUUUGAUCAAUGAUACCCUACUAGACCAUCAUAAGGAGCAGUUCCAGAGCUACAGGACUAAACUAGUGGUUCCUCUUCUCUGCCUCUUGGCCUUUUUCAUUGGGCUUCCCACAAACACAUUAGCCCUAUGGGUGCUGGUCUUGCGAACCAAAAAGCUCCCUUCCACCAUUCUGCUGAUCAACCUCACCAUCUGUGAUCUCCUGCUACUGCUGGUGCUCCCCUUUCGUAUUGUCUACCACUUUCUAGGCAACAACUGGACAUUUGGAGAACCAUUCUGUCGAAUUGUAAUGGCACUCUUCUAUGGAAACAUGUACGGCUCAGUAGUGUGUCUGGCAUUGAUCGCUGUGGAUCGCUAUGUAGCUCUUGUUCACCCUUUUGGUGCCAAGACACUUCGUAGUAACAAGAACUCAGUCUGUAUGAGUGUUUUGGUUUGGAUAGUAGUUGUAGCUGCUGCUGUGCCUCUGUUAGCCUCAGAACAGUCUUAUGAGAUAAAAAACCUUUCAAUAACAACUUGCCAUGAUGCACUGCCUCCAGAACAGCAAGAAAAGUACUCCCUGCCGUACUUUGCUACUCUCUUCUCCUUCUGCUUCCUGGUUCCACUACUGGUUGUGCUGUUCUGCUAUUCUGCAGUGUUACGCACCCUUAUGGCUGAAGGCCAGCGUUUUGCUCAUGCAGUUAGAGUGACUGUGCUGAUGUUGAUGGUUUUUAUUGCUUGCCUAUUGCCUAGCAACAUUCUCAUGCUGUUGCAUUACUCCAAUUUGGACUUCACUAAUAAUCACCUUUAUGUUCCGUACCUGAUCACUUUGUCUCUCAGCACCUUCAACAGCUGCAUUGAUCCUUUCAUCUUUUAUUAUGUGUCUAAGGAUUUCAGAAAGAGGUUAUGGGAGGUUCUCAAGUGUUCUGGGUCUGAUUCGGAGUCCUCCUCUGAAUCUAAGACAAAAAUAACCUUACUAUCAAAGAUGAGCAGGACUGAAGGACCUUUAAAUUGAGAAACAGCUUGAUCGUGAGGUUAGCAUAACAGUUAUGGAAAUCAGAAGAUACUAGAACUCAAAAAUUCUAGGGUGUAUUGAAUGACUAAUAAUAUAGAGUGAGUGUCUGUCUAUCUGUCCAUCCAUCUGUCAGUCUGCCUAUCCAUGAAUAUAGCUUAAGAUUACUUUGAACAGGAAAAACUGGAAUGAGGAGAUAUUAAUUCCAUUUCCUCCUUCUCCUCCUCCUCCUCCUUAAGUCAUUAUAGUGAGACAGGAGACAAAUCCAGGGGGCAGUGUGAACUGUUUGAAAGAUUCACCAAAAUUAGGGUAGAAUUUUAGAAUAUUUAAUAUUGGAUAUUAUAUUAUAUUAUAUAUUUAAGUAAUAAAGGAUGUGUCUAUUAAAAUAAAUUAAAUGUGGAAUAUGUAACUAACUUGUUUAACUGUGAACUAAAAACUGAAUACAUUUAAUGGAUUCAAACGGUGGAAGGUAAAUGAAUAAAUUAUACAGUGCAGUGGACGUUACCGUACAAUUGUGCCAUAUAGUAUAAACCAUUUAAUAGCAAAUGCUUUUUAUGAGCCUGUUUUCUGCAAUAGAAGCAUGCAUGACACAUAAUAGUCUCUUUGUGUAUGUGAAAAGCUGUAAAUAGGAAGUACAGAACCACAUGUCACAUCCGCAACCAUAUCUAGCUCAUAUGUCAAGAAGUGCAUAUUGUUUCGUUUUUUUUUUUUUUUUUUAUGGAUAUGACAACCAAAAUGUAUUUUUAAAUGUAUAUUUGAACAGCAUUGUUUUGUAAUAUAAAGCCUGACAAUUCUAUUCUUGUGAAAUGUUUUUCUUUGAAGAUAGUAUUCCUCUCUUCAAUUACCUUUAUAUGUCAACAUUAAAAUUACAUUAAAUGCA